CCAUGCGAGAUAAAGGCUACCCCCAUUCUUUCAGCUGCAAGCAGAACUGAUACUUGUCAAAAUUUUAGGACAAGUUCUUCUUUGCUUGAGGCACUCAGAGAUGAUGCCUAAGAAUAGAGUCAGUUAUUGAUAGCUGAAGAUUGGGUUUAUCUAAGUGAUAAAUGCGUUGAAUAUUUUGCUUAUUUGACCUUCUAGUGGCUAGGUCCAUGGCAGUAAAAUAAAUUAAUUUUUUUAGCCUUAUCAAAAGCUGCUAAACAAUAAAGCUUUACUACUGGAGACAGUCCAACAAAGGUAGGUGGUGCAAAGAAAUGAUAGGGUUUUGCAGAUUCAUACAGUAGGAAGACAGUAGGAGUUUCUCCAUGCAUUUCUUAUGUUAACUGAGGAUGAAGAGUAUCAGACACAGAACUGAGAUUCUGUAGUUAAAGCUGCUGCUUAUGGCCACAAUCCUACACUUUCAAACUGUAAGAAGACAUCUCUGGAUGGUAACAGGAAAAAAUGGAAAGCAGAAGUGCAUAGGAUCAUUCUCUUAAUGGAAGUAUGACACAAUAAUGUAUUUGCUCAGCAGUGAGGCAAUGGGCAACCUUGAUAUAAAACAAAGAGAUAAUCUGAACAUUGAAUGAGGACCCAUUAGUAGAGUAGAAACAAAGAGAGUAGUUAAAAGGUGAUAUGAGACUACCCAAUUAAAGUCCUUAAAAUGGAUUUGAGGACUUGAAAAGAAAGUGACUGAUAGAUUGUUUCCAUAUGAAAGUGUAAGGAAAAAAGACACAGAAUGUGGAAAAUAUUUAUUAGCUAGGGCAUCUACUGAGGAAGAUGGACCCUAAUGAGAGCUAAAUGUUCAGAGAUGGCAUUCAUGCUUUCUUUAUACAUCUUACAUUAUUUCUGUUGUCUUUGACUACAGAAAAUAAUAAUAUUCAUCUAUAUAACUAAAAUGCUUCAUGUUCAGAGAUUGAAAAUAAUUUGCAUAGAUCAAAGAAUAAGCCUAUCUGUCUCAAUAAAGCAGUCAUAGAAAAAAUAAUAAGAAGUUUAUGUAAUGUCUUAAGGAGAGCUAAGAAAUCCAAAAGAUGGACAGAUUUAUCUGUGGAAGUCACUGGAUUACUCUGCUAUUCCUCAGAAGCAUAUGAACAUCUCUUGAGGCCUCAGCAAAGUUGUUUUACCAGUUAGUCUACCAUUACAUGUGUUUAUAUGGAGUAAUCUGAAAUAACUGUAGGCAUUGCAUAAUUUUUACUUGGUAGUAUAUUAUGUGAAGAGAAAUAUAGUUGAACGAAAGAGGAGAAUAUCAAAAAUUUAACCUUUCUGGUGAUAUUUUCUUUCUGUUCAAUCUGCAAUGAGAAGUGCAGGCCAAAAUGAGUGACCUCCAGGCCUCUAUAAAGUCAGUGGGAUCGAAAAUCAACACCAAGAUACUGAGACUGACCUAAAACUGGUUACCAUUUCAGGAACUUGAGCAGAAUAAUAAGUGUAAACACAAGUAAGGAUAGAAGUAUUGGAACAAAAAUCCCCCCUUGAAGCGGAAGAAGGGCCCAGCCCCUAAGAUGCUGGGAAAUGAAGUGUGCAGUGUGUGCGGGGACAAGGCCUCCGGCUUCCACUACAACGUGCUGAGCUGCGAAGGCUGCAAGGGCUUCUUCCGCCGCAGCGUCAUCAAGGGCGCGCAGUACGCCUGCAAGAACGGCGGCAAGUGCGAGAUGGACAUGUACAUGCGUCGCAAGUGCCAGGAGUGCCGGCUGCGCAAGUGCCAGGAGGCCGGCAUGCGGGAGCAGUAUGUUCUGUCUGAAGAACAGAUCCGACUGAAGAAACUGAAGAAGCAGGAAGAUGAUCAGGCUCGGACAGUUGUGGUGCGUCCAAACCCUCCAAAUCCGCCAAGCCCUUCCCACAAACUGACGCCGGAACAGCUGAGCAUGAUAAAAAAGCUCGUGGCCGCUCAGCAGCAGUGCAACCAGCGCUCCUUCACAGACAGACUCAAAGUGACGCCAUGGCCCCAGAUUCCUGAUCCAAAUAACCGUGAAGCAAGGCAGCAGCGUUUUGCUCACUUCACAGAACUUGCAAUUAUCUCUGUGCAAGAGAUAGUGGACUUUGCCAAGCAAUUACCUGGCUUCCUGGAGCUCACCAGGGAAGAUCAGAUUGCUUUACUGAAGACAUCUACCAUAGAGGUGAUGUUGUUGGAGACAUCUCGGCGCUACAAUCCAGAGAUUGAGAGCAUCACCUUUCUUAAGGACCUGAGCUAUAAUCGGGAUGACUUCGCCAAAGCAGGUCUGCAGUUUGAGUUCAUUAACCCCAUCUUUGAGUUCUCAAAGGGAAUGAAUGAGCUACAGCUUAAUGAUGCUGAAUAUGCACUUUUAAUUGCCAUCAACAUUUUCUCUGCAGACCGACCGAAUGUGCAGGACCAGUCCCUGGUAGAGAGGCUGCAGCACACCUAUGUGGAAGCGCUUCAUUCUUACAUUUGCAUCAACAGACCAAAUGACCGCUUGAUGUUUCCACGGAUGUUAAUGAAGCUGGUCAGUCUUCGGACACUGAGCAGUGUCCACUCUGAACAGGUGUUUGCCCUUCGGCUGCAGGACAAGAAACUCCCGCCCUUGCUCUCAGAAAUCUGGGAUGUGCAUGAGUGACUGCAUGCUCCCAGGGCGCUGACAUGUUGACAUAAUGCCAUCUCCCAGCCUUUGCUAACGAGAAGCCAGCCUCCCCUCUCCAAAGCACUGGACCCUGGGCUGGGCAUGCAGGGAGUGAUGAGCCUGGGGUUUCAGUGUUGUCAUGAGACUAUGCAGGAGGCAGCUGGGGUAGCUCAGAUGGAGGGGUUGGUUUCGAUGUAGUACCCGUACCCCACAGGAAUAACGUGAAACAUUCAAAAACGGUAGAAAUGAAGACCUUUCCCCCUGCCCUUCAACUCCUUUUUCUUCAGAAUCUUUCUCUUCUCUAAGCAUAUGCUGAGGGUUUGCCCAUUGAUCCUCUUCUUGCUGAUUAUGAAAAUGAAUUUGCAGGAACUUGCCAAAAGCUCUCUGUUGAGCGUAUCCCAGCUCAAAAGGCAGGGUCCCCAGUGUACCUGGAUCUGAGGAGCUCAGGGAAGUCAGUGUGGAUGUUCUGGGGGUUUCACUGGGUUUCCUAUAAAUAAAAUCUCUUGAAUGUGCUGCCCUUUACAAUAAUUCCAAGAGAAGUAGCUUUUAUUUCUUUAUUAUGAGACUUCAUCUCUAGAGCUGCCCUUUAUUCUGGCCCUCCUUUGGAAAAAGGAUUCCUGUAAUAUGUAGUGCCCUUUGUUUAACAAGGAGGUCCUCUGGGUAGGGAACAUUGUGUAUCAAAAAGAUGUCAGGCAUAAAGUAGUGGAUUUUUUUUAAUGUAAUGCAUCACGGUUUUAUCUCAUGGUGGUUCGCAGACAGUUCUAUUUACCUUUGAUUUGCUAACAGCUGGACAACUUUAGUUCAAAACAAAUCAGGACAUAGAUUUUAUCUUUAGGGGUGGAAUAGAAGAAAGAUAGGUGGGUAGGCCUGGUACCUAAGUAAGGUGGGUGUGGUGGAAGGAUCUCAAAAGCUUCCAGGAAUCUGGAGCAUGUGGUAUGUGUUCCAAGGUGGGUGUGAAGACGUAUUGACCAAGGAGAGAGGACACACUGCAUUUAGUGAAAUAUGUGGGCAUUGCAUAAGCUGUGGGCUGUACAACUCUCAGAUCACAGGCUGCAGGAAUAUUGGGUGUAAUCAGAUCCACUUGCAUCGUCUUCCUUUUGCCAAAGUCUUUCCAAGGUACUUGCUCAUGGUUUCAGUGAUGAUCAUGGGAUAUGGAGGGGCCUCCUGUAUGAGGAGUGCCAACUGCUUCGGAAGGACACUUGGGUCUUGUAUCCUUUCUUCACUUUGGGCAUUGUGAGAUCCACGCUGGAUUUAUGGCUCAAGUUUUAGGUAUCCGCAUCCAUAAGUAUUCUAGGAUUUAUAGCAAUAUUUUGUCUGACAGAAAAGAAAUAUACUGUUAUAAAACAUGUUCCUUAUUUUCCAAGAGAAAACAUCUUAUGGCUGAUCUCAGAGAUGUAACCUUAAGUAUCCUGGUAGCUUGGUCUCAUGAGUCUUCUCUGUCAUAGGGGUCUAUGUCUGCUUGCCCGGUGAGCAUCCCAAGAGCAUAGGUUCACAUGGCUCGGGGUUUUUUUGUCUGUCUGGUUUUUGGUUCGUUUGUUUUUUUGGCUGUGUAUCUGAGCGCUAUGCCCGCGGUGAGGGUAUCGUGUCCAUUUUGCACUUGAGGUUGGUCCCCUGCCACUGGCCUUCACUCUGCACCUUUGUAAAGCACUUGUAACAAUCUGUAAAAUAAUCUGUUGUUUUUUAUAACUCAUUGCAAUUGCAGAAAUUCUUGUUUAAAUCUGUAUUUUUAACUAAUCUGUUUGAGAAAUGUUAAUGUUUAUAUAAAAGAAUAAAGCCUAAUACAGGAUUUUGA